AUGGCAGUGUCCCAUACAGAGCUGUAUAAGCUAUCCGCCACGCAGGCAGCCGAGCGGAUACGUACGAACCAGCUCUCCGCACUGGACUAUGUCAAGGCGCUCCUUGAACGAGUACGUGACCGUGACCCGCAGGUCGGAGCCUGGGUAUUCCUUGACGAGAAUGCCGUCCUGGACCAGGCGAAGAAGCUGGACGAGCUACCUGCGGAGAGGAGAGGGCCGUUGCAUGGUCUCGCAGUCGGCAUCAAGGACAUUUUUCUCACCCGAGACUCAGACAUGCCAACCAGGUACUAUUCGCGUCUACAUGCCCAAGAUGGAAACGCCGCUGCCGACUCGGCUUGCGUUGGCCUUCUACGCUCAGCGGGAGCCAUCAUUUUUGGAAAGACGGCGACCACGGAGUUUGCAUCCAUGACAGAGGGCGGUCGAUGCGCCAACCCGCACAAUGCUAAGCGUACGCCCGGUGGUUCCUCGUCAGGAUCAGCGGCCGCCGUGGCAGACUUCCAGGCACCGCUGUCACUCGGCAGUCAGACCGGGGGGAGCAUCGUGCAACCGGCGUCGUACAACGGCGUUUAUGGUUUCAAAGCGACUUGGAGUACCAUUUCCACCGAGGGAAUGUGCAGAGUCUCAGUCUCAGCAGACACACCAGGGUUUUAUGCCCGAAACGUCGACGAUCUUGAGCUACUAGCACACUUGUUCCGCUUGGACUCACUACUUGCCGAGCCCGCGCCGCCCCUCUCGGUCAACGAUGCGAGAAUUGCCUUCAUCAAGACUCAUGUUUGGCCGAAUGCCGAACCUGGGACCUGGGCGGCAUGGAAUCUAGCCCAGACAUUACUGGCGGAGAACGGGGCUACGAUCGAACAUGUUGAACUGCCCGAUAGUUUCGAGAAUUGCCUCGAAUGGAGAAAGACUGUUGUUACGGAGGAGACAAGGGCUGCGUUUUUGCCAAGUGUGUCAAACCUGCCGGGACCUGUCAGGACUUGGGAAACUCGGGCUACCUACUCCAAAGCUCUUGGCUGCAAGUGCUGA